UCCCUCGAGCAGCAACCAGGUUGUGUGCGCUUGUAGUGACAAAGGCUUUCUGAGACUCUCUUGACAUCGACGUUACUUCCCAUGUCAUCUACUUCGUACACGAGCUCGUCGGCUGACUCUGCUGCAAGCGGUCCAGCGAGCGGCAGUGAGUCGGACUCGUACACGUUUGUGACAGCUGGCUCAAGCAAUGAGAACGACGAGGAGAUUGUGCUCGAGUUUAACAACAUCAAGGUGUGGGUGGAGAACUUCAAGGCGACCAAGGCCGAUGGCUCGACCGAGGUCAUCAAGCGGCGCGACAUUCUCCGCGGCGUGUCAGGCAAGGUCGAGUCGGGCCAGAUGACGAUGCUGAUGGGGGCGAGUGGGGCGGGCAAGACCACGCUGUUCAACGUCCUUGCCGGGCGGGCGCACACGGUCGAGUCCUCGGGCUCGAUCUUGGUCAAUGGAAAGCACUUUGGCCUCGCCGAGUUCCAGGAGAUCUCGGCGUACGUGACGCAGGACGCGACGUUCCUCAACUCGAUGACACCGGACGACAUUCUGGGCUUCCGCGCCAACAUGCUCCUUCCGUACUCGAUGUCUGCCGAGGAAAAGCAGGCGCGGGUUGACGACGUCAUCGAGCUGCUCGGCCUGGAGGAGGUGCGCAACGUGCGGCUCGGCGAGCCGGGCGUCUCAGCGCGUGGCCUCAACUUUGUCCAGCGCAAGAAGCUCAACGUCGCGGCGGCGCUGCUGGUCAAGCCGCGGAUCCUGUUUGUGGACGAGCCGACGACCGGCCUGGACGCCGCGAUGGCCAAGUCGGUCAUGCUCUCGCUGCAGCGGGUGGCCAACUCGCGGAAGCUCGUCGUCUUCUGCACCAUUCAUCAGCCGUCGGUCUUUGUGUACAACCUCUUUGACCAGGCGCUCAUCAUGGCGCUGGGACAGAUUGCGUACUCGGGCUCGGUCGACAACAUUGUGCCCCACCUCGACAAGCUCGGCUACGAGUGCGACGAGUUCAAGAACCCAGCGGACCACGUGAUCCAGGUGCUCGACUCGCGUGACGGCGACGAGAAGCGGGUUCAGAAGCUUAUCGAUGCAUACCACGCCGACGCCUCGUCGUCGUCGUCGUAUGCCGGGCCCAGCGAAGUUGUUGCCGAGAUCAACGACGACGGUGCGCCGAUGACGCGAUCCGAUCGCAUUCCGUGGUACGGGCGGAUGUAUCAGCUGACGAAGCGUGCGCUCAAGGUGACGCUGUACAACGACAAGGCGCUCAAGGCGUCUGUGGGCCAGGCCAUUGUCUUUGGCAUCCUCAUCGGCAUCAUCUACUCGCUCGACAACUCACAGGCCGGCGCGACUGAUCGCGUCGGGCUGCUCUUCCUCACCACGACCAACGCAAUCUUCCUCUCGCUGCAGGGCUCGGUCUUUGUGCUCAUCGCCGAGCGUGCGGUCUUCCUCCGCGAGGUGGCUGACGGCAUCUACUCGAUGCCUGCCUACCUGGUGAGCAAGGUGGCGUCGGAUCUUCCGUUCCAGGUCCUGUACCAGCUCCUCUUCUCGGUCAUCGUCUACUUUACCACCGGCCUGCAGCAGUCGCUCGGUCGGUUCCUCAUCUUUGUUCUUGUCCAGUCGCUCGUGGCACUCGUCGGCUCGAACCUCGGCCUCGUCCUCUCGGCCUUUACCGGCGACGCGGCGACGUCGACCGCGCUCGCGCCGGUCAUCAUCGCUCCGUCGAUGAUGACGGCCGGUGUGCUCAUCUCGACUGAGGCCAUCCCGGUCUUCCUCCGCUGGCUCAAGCACGUCUCGAUCCUCCGCUACGCCUUUACCGCCCUCCUCCUCAACGAGGCCGAGGACGCGCUCGUCUUCCAUUGCACGCCCGAGCUGCAGCUGCCCAACGGCCUCUGCCCCAUCAACACUGGCAACGAGCUCAUCGCCCAGCGCAAUGCCAACCAGGAGCCGACCGGCAUCUGGUCGCGGGUCUUUAUCCUUGUCGGCUUCUACGUCUUUACCGUCUUUGUUGCCUACCUCGGCCUCCUCUUCUCUGUCCGCAACCAGCGGAAGACCAAGCGGUCGUGAUUAACACAUAUCACAAUGUGGCGA